CUAACACAUAUGAACUAUAUGUGGGCGCUAUGCAGUCUCAGCCUUUACAUUCAUUAGCGGAUUCUUAUACCGGCGAAGAUGACAGUGACGCAGUCUUUGACUCGCACGUAAGGUCCAACCACCAGGCACAGGAUGCUUUGUUUGGCCUUGCUCCUGCCCCAUCGGAGAGUGAUUUGGGCACAGCCGAACGCGUUGUUAUUAAUAGAAAGAUACUGUCCCCACCGACAUCUGUUGACUUAAGUGAGGACGUAGAGUCUGACGAAAUAGAAGUCCGGUAUCAGAAUACAGAUAGAGUUUCCCAGCGUACAACUUCAAGCUCUAGUUCGAGUUUGGACUUACAACCGAAAGCAUGCGCCACUACAAUAUCGACUGCUGGUGUACAAAACCAGUCGCCAACGGAAAUGUCGAGGGAGAAUAGACCAGGAAAUGGGGAUCAACUGAACGGUAUGUCAACACUGGCUAAUACACAUACCGCAAGCAUGGAUAGCAUGCACAAUGAAUUGACAGAUAACAAAGGCAAAAAAAUAUACCAGCAAGACUUCAGCACGGACAUGCAUGAAACUCGACCCACAAUAGCACUCGUGCCGCCAUCAAGAGACAUCUUUGGUGAAGAGUACACAAGUGUGGAGAGCGAGAGUGAAUCUGCUCCUAGUGAAUAUGUGGGGGAAGUCACUAGCUUGUCUGUGGGAACCUACACAGCAAUGGACAGUGCGAGAAGGAAACAGGGAAAGCCAAGAAGCCGACGGCACAACAACACACAGGCUGAAUACGAGGCACGUGCGGAUGAACUGGCACGUGAACAAGCACGAAUAAAGGGGAGAACAGACGAGAGAGAUGAUCGACGGCUGGACUUGAAUGAUAAGAUCCUGCCAGUGGAUAGUUUACCGAAGAUUUCGUUUCAACAGCUCGAGGAGGACAUACCAAUGGCCUCGGGUAAAAGUAGACACAAAUCGAAGAAGUCAGUUUCUCGACAGGGCAGUAAAAGCAGAACACCGACACCCAAGCAAUCACCUCAUUCCACAGUCUCACACGAACACCAGUUAAGAAGGCACGUACGCUCUCCCACAUCACCACAGGUGCAGCAAAGUCAUUCAUCACAUAGCAGGGACAAUACUUCACACUCAGACGUCAGCCGAUCGCCACACCAUCCGCGCACUAGAACAUCAAAACACAGCCCUCACAGACAAGCACGCAAGAGGCACAGUUCACAUACACACAGCAAAGCGAGUUCCAAAACUUCUUCAGGUUCUUGCAGCGAUGGUUCGAGGGCAAGCUCACACAACGAGGGAAACACUGCACCUGAAAGUAUACCAAUGGGCCGAUUUCCACCCCCACGGCCGAAAAAAGGACCGUCACGCCCACCAUCCAUGUCUUCGUCUAGACCCAAUGAUGCAAGAUUAGAUAGUACUUACCCCACGGAUGACAGGGCAGAUAGAGUUGGACUGGAACCAUACCACGCAGAGGUACUGCGGAGUAGGUCGCAAGGUCAUAGGCGCGCGAGUACAGAGGACGCAAGUGUUGCGCAACUGAAUCGAAGCAGAACAAUAAGGGGCGAUGAGGACAGGCAGGAAAUACAGGCAAUCAAAGCCGGGCAGAUCAAAGCGAAUGUACUUUGGGCGGAAGAUACAGAGCCAUACGAAGGUGUGUUGGCCAGUUGUUAA